ACCCAGCUUCGUCACGUGACCAGUGGUAGUGCCUGUUUAUUUCGAGCGGGCGGGGGCCCGGUGACAAAUUUGCAUGAAUCAGAAGAGAUAUUGGAUUUUCUUUUACCUGGAUUGCCUUUUUAUAAGAACUUUUGGACUUUACAGUGAUAAUCAGAAACAAUUUCAAGGAGACAUAUAAAAUACCAAGCUAAACUAAAUCCUGAUCCAGAGGUAGGAAGUUUUUUGCUUCAAAAUGGCGGACGAUCCGUAUGCAGGUGUGAGCGCUCAAGAACUUCAGUAUUUGGCUGUGGACAGAAACAAAAUUAAUGACCCUAUGGUACAGGCUGAAUGGGCUUCAAAAAAACUCAUCUGGAUACCCCACGAAAUACAUGGUUUCUGUGCUGCCAGUAUUGCAAGCGACCAUGGGGAUGAGAUAGAAGUAAUGGUAGAAGAAACCGGAAAACGUGUGAGGGUUCACAGAGACGAUUGCCAGAAAAUGAAUCCUCCUAAGUUCAAUAAAGUAGAAGAUAUGGCAGAACUUACAUGUCUCAAUGAAGCUUCUGUUCUUCACAAUUUGAAAGAUCGUUAUUUUUCAGGCUUAAUAUAUACGUACUCUGGUCUUUUUUGUGUGGUAGUUAACCCUUACAAGAGACUCCCCAUCUACACAGAGAAAGUCAUUGAACUUUAUAAAGGCAAAAAAAGACAUGAAGUUCCACCACAUGUAUUUGCUAUCACAGACACAGCAUACAGGAGUAUGCUGCAAGAUAGGGAAGACCAGUCUAUUCUCUGCACUGGAGAGUCUGGAGCUGGAAAGACAGAAAACACAAAAAAAGUCAUCCAGUACUUGGCAUAUGUUGCUGCAUCGUCCAGGUCUAAUCGAUCAUCGGUAUCCAAUCUGCAUGUCACGCAACAUGUAGUUCAGCAGAGCAAAGACAUCAACCUUGGAGAAUUGGAGAAUCAAUUGCUGCAGGCUAAUCCUAUUUUGGAGGCCUUUGGAAAUGCCAAAACCAUCAAGAAUGAUAACUCCUCAAGAUUUGGGAAGUUCAUCAGAAUCAAUUUUGAUUCAUCUGGAUACAUAUCAGGAGCCAACAUAGAGACAUAUCUUUUAGAAAAGUCUAGAUCAGUUAGACAAACAGAACAGGAAAGAAGCUUCCAUAUUUUUUACCAAUUCCUUGUGGGUGCCACAGCAGAGCAAAGAAAGGAGUUCCUCUUGGAUGACAUAAAAAAUUACCGAUUUUUAUCGGGAGGAAAAAUUCCAUUGACUGGGGUAGAUGAUAGUGCAGAAUUUCGAUCUACAUCUGAAGCCAUGGGAAUCAUGGGCAUUGGUCCUGAGGAGCAAUCUGCAAUUUACCGAGUUGUGUCCUCAGUACUUUUAUUUGGAAAUAUGCAAUUCAAGCAGGAAAGUAGGAAUUCAGACCAAGCAUCAAUGCCAGACGACACCGUUGCCCAGAAAGUCUGUCACCUGCUCGGCAUUCCUGUGACUGGGAUUGUUCAAGCCUUCCUUAGACCAAGGAUCAAAGUUGGAAGGGAUUAUGUCACCAAAGCUCAGACCAAAGAGCAGGUUGAAUUUGCUGUGGAAGCCAUAUCAAAAGCUUUGUAUGAAAGAAUGUUUAGAUGGCUGGUAACCAGAAUCAACCGAUCACUUGACAGAACCAAAAGACAAGGUGCAUCAUUUAUUGGAAUCUUGGAUAUAGCUGGAUUUGAAAUAUUUAAGAUGAACUCUUUUGAGCAGCUGUGCAUUAACUACACCAAUGAGAAAUUACAACAGCUGUUUAACCACACCAUGUUCAUCCUUGAACAAGAGGAGUAUCAGAGGGAAGGCAUUGAGUGGAAGUUUAUAGACUUUGGAUUAGAUCUUCAGCCUACCAUAGACCUUCUCGAAAAGCCUUUGGGCAUUUUGGCCCUCUUGGAUGAGGAGUGUUGGUUCCCAAAAGCUACAGACAAAACUUUCAUUGACAAAGUGGUAGCACAGCAUUCAACACAUCCAAAAUUCAGGAAACCAGACUUCAGAGCAGAUGCGGAUUUCAGUCUGAUUCAUUAUGCCGGCCAGGUGGAUUAUUCUGCUAGUCAAUGGCUAAUGAAGAAUAUGGAUCCACUGAAUGAAAAUGUGGUUUCAUUGAUGCAAGGUUCAUCAGAUCCAUUUGUAUCAACAAUAUGGAAAGAUGCUGAAAUUGUUGGAAUGGGGGCCACAGCUGGUGGAGACACAAUGUUUGGAUCACGUACUAGAAAGGGAAUGUUUAGAACUGUUGGUCAAUUGUAUAAGGAACAAUUAUCCAAACUGAUGGCAACACUACGCAACACAAACCCCAACUUUGUCAGAUGUAUCAUUCCAAAUCAUGAUAAGAAGGCUGGGAAGAUUGAUUCACCACUUGUCCUGGAGCAGCUGAGAUGCAACGGUGUGUUGGAGGGAAUUAGAAUCUGCAGACAGGGUUUUCCGAACAGAAUUCUUUUCCAAGAGUUCCGCCAGAGAUAUGAAAUUCUCUGUCCAAACUGCAUUCCUAAAGGAUUCAUGGAUGGAAAGAAAGCUGUAGAAAGGAUGAUAGGAGCUUUGGAACUGGAUCCGAACUUGUACCGCAUUGGUCAGAGCAAAAUAUUUUUCCGAGCUGGUGUUCUGGCUCAUCUGGAGGAAGAGAGAGAUCUCAAAUUAACGGAUGUUAUCAUUCAGUUCCAAUCUCUGUGCAGAGGCUUGAUAGCUAGAAGAAAUUACCAAAGGCGUCUACAGCAGCUGAGUGCAAUCAGGGUGAUUCAAAGAAAUUGUGCAGCAUACUUGAAACUCCGCAACUGGGCUUGGUGGAGAUUAUUCACUAAGGUGAAACCUUUAUUGCCUGUAACUGGACAAGAAGAAAAAAUAUCUAUAAAAGAAAAAGAAUUGGAGAAAUACAAGGAGAACUUUGAGAAGCAAAAAGCUGAUUAUGAGGAAAUUGAGCGUAGGUAUGCCCAGAUCAUUGAGGAAAAGUCCAUUCUGGCAGAGCAAGUCCAAGCAAGUGAGGAAGUGGCAGCAGAGGCUGAGGAGGCUAGACGGCGUAUUGCAUCCAAAAAAGAUGAACUCGAGGAUAUUCUCCAUGAAAUGGAGAUAAGAAUUGAAGAAGAGGAAGAAAAAUGCAAUCAAUUGAUUGAUGAUCGCAAGAAAUUCCAACAGACCGUUACAGAUUUAGAAGAUCAAUUGGAAGAAGAGGAACAAUCAAGACAAAAGUUACAGCUAGAAAAAGUCUCAGCAGAGUCUAAAAUUAAGAAAUUAGAGGAAGACUUAGCUGUUCAAGAUGAUACCAAUCAGAAGUUGAACAAAGAAAAGCGUAGUUUGGAGGAACGUUAUAGUGAAGUGCAGAGUCAACUUGUAGAGGAAGAAGAAAAGGCCAAACAACUUGGGAAACUAAAGAAUAAAUAUGAGGCCAUCAUUGCUGAUCUUGAAGAGCGGUUAAGAAAAGAAACACAGGCUCGACAAGAAUUGGAAAAAAUAAAAAGGCGUUUGGAAACGGAGAUAAAUGACUUGAGAGAACAGUUGCUGGAAAAACGACAACAAGUGGAGGAACUUCAAGGUGUGCUGUCCAAACGUGAAGAGGAGGUGCAGUUCACUCUCCAGAAAGUGGAAGAGGAAGGAGCUGCUAAGAGUACAUUCCAGAAACAGCUCAGAGAUCUCCAGACACAGAUGCAAGAGUUGCAGGAAGAUUUAGAUGCUGAAAAAGAAGCCAGAAACAAAGCUGAAAAACUGAAAAGGGAUCUGAAUGAGGAACUUGAGGCUUUAAAGACUGAGCUAGAGGAGAACCUUGAUGCCACUGCAGCUGUCCAAGACAUCCGAGCCAAGCGCGAGGAUGAACUCAGAGAACUCAAGCAAGCACUGCAGACCAGUCAGAAACAGUAUGAGACUAAUGCACAUGAUCUCAAACAUAAAUAUCAACAGCAAGCAGAUCAACUUAAUGAAGAUCUGGACAAUGUCAAAAAGAUUAAACAAACCUUGGAGAAAACUAAACAGACCCUAGAGGCAGAGAAUCAAGAUUUAUGCAAUGAUCUAAAAUCUGUUCAAAUGGCUAAAACAGAGUCUGAAAGGAAACGCAAACAAGUUGAACAGCAGCUGCAGGAGGCUACAAUCAAACUACAGGAAACAGAACGAAGUCGGGCUGACGCAACAGACAAAUCCAACAAGCUUGCUAUUGAAUUGGAAUCUGUCAGUAAACAACUUGAGCAAGCUGAAACAAAAACUAUACAAAACAGCCAGAAGAUCAGCUCCCUAGAGGCUCAGCUGCUAGAUGCACAGGAACUAGCAAAUGAGGAAACAAAAGCUAAAUUGUUAGCUCAGUCUAAACUACGGCAAGCAAGUGACGAUAUUUCUUCACUCAAUGAACGAGUUGAGGAGGAAGAAGAAGCAAAGAGGCAACUUGAAAAACAAAUGUCAGAGUUGCAAGCCAAAAAUGCUGAGCUUAAGAAAAAGACAGAGGAAGAUGCCAACAAUAUGGAGAAUGCAGAAGAGCAGAAAAAGAAACUUGCUCGUGAAGUUGAGGCUCUGACUGUCAGGUUAGAAGAAUCCACAACAUUGGCUGACAAACUGGAGAAGUCCAAAAAAAAGCUACAGGCAGAGGUUGAAGAUUUGACUGUGGAGUUGGAAACCCAGAAAUCUGCUGUUUCUAAUAGUGACAAAAAGCAGAAAAAAUUCGACCAAAUGCUGUCAGAUGAAAAGGCUGUUUCACAGAGACUUGCAAAUGAGAGAGAUAAUGUGGAAAGAGAGGCUCGGGAGAAAGAGACUAAGAUAUUGAAUUUGCAGAGAGAGUUAGAAGAAUUGAAAGAAAUGUAUGAAAAGUCAGAGAAGGGCAGGUUAGCAUCUCAGCGGGAACUGGACGACCUCAUCUCAACCAGUUCAGAUGUUGGAAAGAAUGUGCAUGAAUUGGAGAAGGCCAAGAGGACAUUGGAAAGUCAGGUUGAGGAACAAAGGAAUACAAUUGAGGAGUUGGAAGAUGAGCUGCAGUGUUCUGAAGAUGCUAAGCUGAGAUUAGAAGUUAACAUGCAGGCACUAAAGACUCAGCUAGAGAGAGAGUUGCAGGGCAAAGAGGAGGCAGUGGAGGACCAAAAGAAGCUUCUCCUCAGACAGUUGAGAGACAUGGAAGCUGAACUUGAGGAUGAAAGAAAACAAAAGGCAAUAGCAGUGAAUGGACGCAAAAAACUUGAAAAUGAUCUUAAAGACUAUAUUCAGCAAGUUGAAAUGGCAAACAAAGUAAAGGAAGAUGCUGUAAAACAACUGCGUCGUAUUCAGGCACAGAUGAAAGAAAAUCAGAGAGAAUUAGAUGAGGCAAGAUUAGCGCGAGAAGAAAUACAAGGCUCUUUAAAAGAGAAUGAACGUAAGGUAAAAACACUUGAUGCUGAAAUACUGCAGCUUCAAGAAGAUCUUGCAGCAGCAGAAAAAGCCAAGCGUAAUGCUGAAGCAGAGAGAGAUGAACUCCAGGAUGAACUUAGUAGCAAUACAACUGGAAAAUCUGCUUUGUUGGAGGAGAAAAGACGAAUGGAUGCUAGAAUUCAACAACUGGAAGAAGAGCUUGAAGAGGAGCAGAGCAAUAGUGAAAUGUUAACUGACAAAGCACGAAAGGCACUCAACCAGGUCGAACAGCUGACCACAGAACUUAACACUGAAAGGUCAUUGUCCCAGAAAAUGGAGAAUCAGCGUUCAACAUUGGAAAGACAGAAUAAAGAUCUUAAAGAAAAACUAGCAGAACUUGAAAACCAGAUACGAACUCGUACAAAGGCCACCAUUGCCACUCUGGAGGGCAAGGUCUCUAAUCUUGAGGAGCAGUUGGACGUAGAGACAAAGGAGAGGACUCAGCUGCAAAGGUUGUUGAGGCGACAAGAAAAGAAACUAAAGGACCUAGCCAUUCAAGCAGAGGAUGAACGUCGGCAUGCUGACCAAUACAAAGAACAGGUUGAGAAGAUGAACAAUCGUGUAAAGGCUCUGAAGAGGCAGAUAGAUGAAGCUGAGGAGGAAAUCACGCGUGUAAAUGCUCAGAAAAGGAAAUUGCAGAGAGACCUUGAUGAACAAAUGGAGCAGAACGAGUCAGCUUCUCGGGAGAUCUCAUCACUGAAGAAAUACAGACCCAGUGCAACUGCCAGACCAGCUCGUUCCCUGCUAUCCUCCAUCAAGACUGAGCUUGCUGAUGAUGAUAUAAGUGCUGAUGAGACACCAGAGAACUCGGAGGCUUAGUGUUCUGUGUACAUAUAUAGGCUGGUCAGCGACCAAUGCAUCUCUCGAGUCUUCCUGUCUGUAUUGAAUAAUAUCUUUAUCUGUUACAAUAUUAAGAUGGUGUAUAAACAUCCAACAUUUAGAGACUGUAUCUAAUCUCUUAUUGUUAUUAUAUUUUGUUGCCCAGAUAUGUUUCAUACCUGGUAAUAUGGGAACAGUUUUUUUUCUAAUUUUUAUUAUUAAAGUAGUUUUUUAAAGCAUCAGUUGUCAUUGCAUGGGUUAAUUUUGUCAUUUUCACCUGUCAACUAUCACUGUUUUUUUGGUUUUUUUGUUCUGUGCUAUAAUAAUGUGCUUCUUGUGUAAUCUCAAGUGCUAGGAGCCAGUAAGUCCAUUCAGUGAUUCCAUUUUUUGUUUUAAUUGCAAAAUGAAAAUGCAAGGACCAAAUGUUUUUUUGUGGAAGUGGUUAUGAUCAGUUUUUGGUUAUGUGUUAUGAACAAAGUUUUCAUUAUCAUUCUCAGUUUAAUGAUAUCAGAUUUCACUAGGAUUUGACCUAAAUGAAUGACAGAUUCUUUGUUGCUUCUUUUAUAACAUGUGAUAUUUAAGACAUGGAUGACUUUCAUCCAUAUAAGUUUCCUUUGUACUGUAUUUAAUAUGUAUUUACACUUCUGUGAUUGGACAUUGCCUUGUAACUAAUUUUUUUUUGUUAAUUGCAACAGAACUUUUUGUAGUUCUAACAUAAGUUAAAAAAUGGAUUAAGAUAUUGACUAUUCAUUGUUUUCUAAAAGCUCCAUUUAAAUUGACAGUAGAUGUGUAGAAUGUUUUUAUGCUUAUAGCUAGCUAUCAAAUAACAUUAUUAUUGAAUUUAUGGUGAAAGCUUUGCUAUAUGGAAGCAUUAAAUAAAAUAUUACAAACAUU